UCGUUAUCUCACACGUCACUAGACAAAAAAAAAUACUUGAAGCCGCCAUGUUUUUCUACUGAGGACCAUGAAUCCUCGAAACAGUGCCCAAGAUAUCUUUCGAUGUCAUCUGUGUGAGUCUCCUUUUCCACCACUUUACUGUGACAUCUGUAAUGUCAACCUCUGCAAAGAAUGUGUUGGGGAGCAUCUUCUCGACGGAUCAGGUGACCAUAAGGUGGUACCAAUCAAACUGCGACGAUCUACUCCUAGUUACCCGAAAUGUCAAAAACAUGGUACAAGACAAUGUGAACUUUAUUGUGAACAAUGCGACAUUCCAAUAUGCGCAAACUGUGUUUCCAAUGAACACCAUGAAGCUCACAAGAAAGUUGACAUUUUAGAAAAGUUUCAGAGAACAAAAGAAUCCAUACAAACAAGUUUGCAAGAAUUAGAGAAAUCAAUUCUAAUACAAUAUCAAAAAUUUGCAUCGGAAAUUUCAAUCCAAAUAUCUCAAAUUCAUAUCAAUUCCGACAAAUUGACAACAGCUCUAGUUGAACUAGGAGAAAACCUUCACAAAGCUGUAGACACAUUAAUCAACAGGAGAAAAACAGAAAUCACCAAUACUUAUUCAAAAUUGUUGGCCGACCUAGCUAACCACGAAAGAGAAAUAACCAAAAGCAUUUCUGAAAUUGAGCAAACUGUUUUGGAUCUCAAUAAAUUACUUGAUUCGAACGAUAUGUCACUUGUUUGUGCAUACAAGCUCAUGGGUGCUGAAUUUAAAGCAUUGCCUCAGCAGAUACAAUGUAACUUUCCAUGUUUCUCUCCUUUAGUCAACACAGAACAGCUAUAUGAACUAUUUGGUUUUCUGUUUACUUUUAACAAGGAAAAAAGACAAGUCCGAAAAAAGUACAUUAUUGAGAAACCCCACGCCAAAAUAGCUACAGUCACAGGGUUUAAAUCGUUAUUCAGCGUAGCUUGUUUAAGUGAUGAAGAAGUAUGGACCUGUGGAAAUAACAAUGAAAUAAAACUUUAUAACCUUCAUGGAGAUUUGCUGAAUUCAAUUCAAACCAAAUCAGAAUGUGCACCAUCCGAUAUAGCAGUAACACGUAGCGGAGAUCUUGUUUAUGCUGACAGAAAUAAUGAAACCCUGAACACAGUGAAAGAAGGAAAUGCACAUGUAGAAAUAAAAUUACAAGGAUGGAGACCAGUAAAUGUUUGCUCUACUUCCUCAGCCGAUCUGCUAGUGACUAUGAUCAGUAAUAACUGUCGACAGGCCAGGGUUGUGCGUUAUUCUGGUUCACUGCAAAUACAAAUCAUUCAAUAUGAUGAUAACGGCAAGCCUCUCUAUUCAACAGAUCUCACUAAAUACAUCAGCGAGAACAGAAACCUUGAUGUCUGUGUGGCUGACAAUGGUGCUCAUUCCAUAGUAGUUGUUGAUCACACCGGUAAAUUCAGGUUUACAUACACUGGUCCUUUGUCAUCUACCAAAGAAGUAUUUGAUCCUGUAGGCAUCACUACGGACAGCCAGGGUCGGAUCCUGACCGCAGACUUCGAUAACGCCUGUAUCCACGUUCUGGAUCAGGACGGACAGUUUCUCUGCUACAUUGACAACUGUGGUUUGUGCUAUCCAUGGGAACUAUGUGUGGACACUAAUGACAACCUCUUUGUCGCCGAUGACAGAAGUCGAGUAAAGAAAAUACAGUAUUCAAAAUAAUUUCUUCUAUUGUCUCGAAGAACGAGGAAAAAAAAAAAGAAAUAUCAUGUAAAUAACCUGAAAAUAAAUGCUCUCUGAUUGCCCAUUACAUUUAUCCAGUUUACAAUAACACACCUAUAAUAUAUAAAAUGUAGGGUUUUCCAUUACACGGCUAAGUCGAAUAAUCCAGGACUUAUGUCAAAAACUCGAUACACAAUAUGUCUUUUUCCAAACCUAAUACUUGCAAGCAAAAUGUUGUCAAAAAACAUUCGUAAAUGAGAAACAUCUCAUUAUUUCUGAACAUUUGUACGAUAUUUUCAAAUUUGAUUUACAGAUAUGUUAUGCUAAAUACCUUAUCCACGUGUUGUAUAUCGCUACUUGCUUCCACAAACUUACUGACUUAACUAUAUAAUUAUACUACACUCAUAUUGAGCCUAGCUUAUGUCAAAAUACUUUGAUUUAAAUCCUUAAUAAACUGUAUAUAUUUCAAAUAUAGUCCAUGUUAUAAGAAUAUUACAUUGUCCCAUAUGUUGACUUAAAGCUUUUCUUUAUUUUUUUAUUCUUGUCCACAAUAUUUUUGUGGUCAUUUGGUAGGAAGGGGCGACAUGAUUUGUUGAGUUUAUUUUUUCAGUUAGCAACAAAAGCUAAGA